CGGCCCGGCCCGGCCCGGCCCGGCCCGGCCCCGUGGGGCGCAGGGCGGAGCGGGGCCCGUCCCGCCCCGCCGAGCCGACGGCAGAGGUGUGCCGGCAGGUCGCGCCGCCGUCAGCGCGCCGUCCCGUCCCGUCCCGUCCCGUCCCGUCCCGUCCCGUCGCGGCGCGGGCAGAGGCUCCGCGCCGCCGGCCGAUGGAUCCCGAGGCGGCGGGGGACGAGCUGUCCCGCCUGCGCGCCCUCUUCCUGGCCUGCGACGCCCGCGGCUCGGGCCGCAUCGAGCGGGAGGACUUCGCGGCGCUCUGCGCCGAGCUGCGGGUGCGGCCGGCCGAGGCCGAGGCCAUCUUCCAGCGCCUCGACAGCGACCGCGACGGGGCCAUCACCUUCCCGGAGUUCGCCCGCGGCUUCCGCGGCGCCACCCGGCGGCGGCCCGGCGGCGGCGAGACGGAGGGCGACGAGGCGGCGGCGGCGUGGGCCGCCCCGGGGCUGGAGCAGCCCUGGCGGGACUUCGAGCUGCGGCUCGGGGACGAGGCGAGGUACAUCCCCAGACAAGAGCAUGUCAGUGUUCUGUAUCAGAACAUACACAUAGUGGAACCAAGAUUAAUCCAGCCGUAUGAACAUGUCAUUAAGAACUUCAUUCGAGAGAUCAAACUUCAAAGCACAGAGAUGGAAACGUUGGCCAUUGCAGUAAAAAGAGCUCAGGAUAAAGCGGCAGUUCAGCUCAGUGAGCUGGAGGAAGAGAUGGAACAACGGAUACAGGCUGCAGAGCAUAAAGCUAAAAAGGAAGAGAAGAGAAAAGCUGAAGAAGCACUAAAUGAGCUGAAGCGCCAGUAUGAUACUGAAGUUGGGGAUCUGCAGGUGACAAUAAAAAAACUUAAAAAGCUGGAGGAGCAGUCCAAAAAUGUAAAUCACAGGGAAGAUGUGGUUGAACUGAAAAAAAGAAUACAUGAUAUGUUGCUGGAAAACCAGAAACUUAAGAAAGAUCUCUUAGAAGCACAGACAAAUAUAGCUUUUCUACAGAGUGAAUUAGAUACCUUGAAAAGCGAGUAUGCAGAUCAGACUUUGAACACUGAGAGAGACCUGGAGAUGAUCCGAGAGUAUACUGAAGACAGAGAUAAUUUGGAAAGACAAAUUGAAAUACUUCAAUCAGCUAAUAGAAAGCUACAUGACAGCAAUGAUGGUUUAAGAAGUGCCCUUGAAAACAGUUUCAGCAAGUACAACAGAUCAUUGCGGUUAGCAAACACCUCACCAGGAAGUACCACUUCUAGAAGCAGUCCUAAGUUUAAUGGUGGACAGUCUCCUCUAAACCCACGGUAUGACAGAUCAUCUCAUUCUUCUUAUGUGGAUGAAGAUUAUGACUCUUUAGCCCUUUGUGAUCCUAUGCAAAGGAUAAACUGUGAAGUUGACAGCUUACCUGAGAGCUGUUUUGACAGUGGUUUGUCUACCCUGAGGGAUUCAAAUGAGUAUGAUUCAGAAGUGGAAUACAGACAUCAAAGGAUUUUUCAAAGGUCACAGUGUAUGCAAGAAAGCUUUGGUGGUGAUGCUUCUGAUACGGAUGUUCCAGAGAUCAGGGAUGAAGAAGCAUACAGUCCUGAUAACAGCGGUACAGUAUUAGACUGGAAGCCCUCACGACCAGUAAGCCGAAGCAGCUCAAUUGCAUCAACGAGGAAAUAUAUAUCUGCUCUCACCCCUCAGAGGGGUUCUCUUUAUUUUCAGUCAGGUGCAGCUGAAUGUACUCCGAAAUACCCCAAUUCAGAAAAGGCUUACAAGAUUGUUCUUGCUGGAGAUGCAGCAGUGGGGAAAUCCAGUUUCCUUAUGAGACUCUGCAAGAAUGAAUUUCGAGGCAAUACCAGUGCAACCCUGGGUGUGGAUUUUCAAAUGAAAAGACUAAUUGUUGAUGGAGAACCUGUAGUGCUACAACUGUGGGACACAGCUGGGCAGGAGAGAUUCCGAAGUAUUGCUAAAUCAUACUUCAGGAGAGCAGAUGGUGUCUUACUGCUAUAUGAUGUAACGUGUGAAAAAAGCUUUCUUAAUGUGCGAGAAUGGGUGGAUAUGAUUGAGGAUGCAACUCAUGAGAAUAUUCCAAUUAUGAUGGUGGGAAACAAAGCUGAUCUCCGUCAAGCUGUUACAGAACAAGGGCAAAAAUGUGUGCCUAUAAACUAUGGAGAAAAGCUGGCUAUGAAUUACAGUGCGCUGUUCUGUGAAACAAGUGCUAAAGAUGGAUCUAAUGUUGUAGAAGCAGUUCUUCAUCUUGCUCGUGAAGUGCGAAAACGAAGUGAUAAGCAAGAUGAUACAAGGUCAUUAACCAGUCUGGCCGGGACACCUGUCCAAAAAUCGGCACUCAUGAAAAACUGUUGUAAUGUUUAAGUGACAGAUACUUUUCCUGACCUAAGCAACUUGUAUGUUUAAAGUAACAUAAUGAAGGAUUUCAAGAAUAUAUUCUUUUUAUUGGGGAUUUAUACAUUUGUGUAUUUAGAAAUUGCACAUCAUAUUAAGAAUCCAGAAUCUACUCUCUACUCAUUCAUAUUUGUGCACGUGCUUUGCCCCGUAGGCUCUGGUUUCACUUUUCUUAAGUAAUAUAAGUUGAUGAAGUAAGCUCAGAAUAACUGCUACAGUAGUCUCUGCAUCAAACAUUGUAAUAUAUUUUGUCUUCUUUACCUGCUUGCUUCUUUAUAGGUUCAUUAUUCCUUACAUACAGAACAUGGUAAUAUCAUAUAUCACUUCCUGGAAAACAAAAAAUUACAGCUUCAGUUAAUUUAAUCUCUUUUUGCUCAUGUCUGCUUAUCUAGUUUUUUGAAGGCCUUAAGUUACAUGUUGAUGAAACAUUUCCCAAGAAAACCCCAAACCAUUGAAAGGUUGCCUAGAUCCAGGUUAAACCCUGAGUUCAGGGCAUGAAGCAGGGUGGUUUCUGUCAGAAGACAGUGGCAGGUUGAUAGGGUUCCGGUGUAAUUCUGCAAAAGUUCCUGAGUAAGAAUUGAUUUAAUUUUGGGACUUGGGGUUUGAUUCAGAACUGAGAAGUAGACUUUACAUCUGAUCCUACACAGCUCAGAAGUAAAAGUAGCAUUUGCAUGGACCGUUACAGUUCAAAAUUCCAGAGAGACUAUAAUAUGUGUGAUAUGUAGGAUUAGUGAGACUAAUGAUCCACUACCUGCUUGUUUGUUUAGACUAGAUCAUUAUUAGUAUUACAGAGAGAGGUGGUUUGUAAUUUUCCCGUUGUUUUUCAAAUGUCUUCCAUUCAGACACUAAUUGAGCGAUUGUAAUAGUACAGAGGAGCCUGUUUUAAUGGAUAUUCAUUAUACAUUUUUAAAGUUUUAAACCUGCAUGUGAAAGAAUUGCUGCACAUACACAACCAUCUGUAUAAACUGUUCAUUAAAAGCAGUCCCUGAAAUGAACCAUUUACCUUAAUGAGAGUUCGUUUGUCUGAUUUUAGGAAAAUUCUGAGAAACUCACCAGUGGGUGGUAGCUUUAGGUGUCAGCAUCUCUAAAAACUGAGUUGUUAUUGCUUAUAAUAGUUCCUAACAGUCCUAUAGUGUAGUAAAAAUUGUAGAUAUUUCUAUAGUUAACAAUCAUGAUCCACUUCUCUGCUUUCACUGAUUUUGAUGGGAAUGGGAUAGGGUCCAUUCAGACCCAGCAAACCAUUGCAGUCUUUUCUAUGUAUAUUAAUAAAACGUCUUCAGGCUGAGACCUAGCUCAGUAAAUCAACCUUGGAUAAAGUUUUAUGGACUGUUGGGAAACCCACAUGACUAACAGCUGCUACUGUAUUUUAUCAGCAUUAUAUUUGAACACUGUAUAGUCUGUGCUGUGUUAUCAGUUUUAUAAAAUGUAGAGUUCUCAGAAACAGGGUCUUCAUAAUGAAAAAAAAAAUACAGUUUUAAAGUAGGAAGCGCAGUGUUUUUAGGCAUCCUUUCAAACCUCUAGAUCACAGCAGCUAAUAAGUACCUGAAAGCUUGUUCUUAACAAGACAGAGAAAUCUAAUGCCAGAAGGAAUAAGACAUUUCAUGUCACUGUAUUGUACUUCAGCCCUAGAAUAGAAAACAUGUUUGGUGUCCUUUUUGAAGUACUAAGGGAAUCUUCUCACACUACCUGAUUCCAUCCGGAAGGCUUUAGAAGGUUGAAGCAUCUUCCCACCUAGCAGUACAAGAGGCCUCACUGUAGUCCUGAGACUUAUCUGGAGCAGGUAGCAGAGAAUGAAGGAGAUGUAGGUGUACCAGGAAUAUGGGUGGUCACAGGGUUAAUAGUAAACAAUACAUAUGUAUUAUUUAAACAAGAAAACUACAGCUGUAACUAGCUUCUCUGAGGAGAAAACCACGUUUAACUGAGCGCAUUGAUGAGGGCCUCUUCUGUGUUGCGUGUAAAAGCUUCUGUCUCUCCAAAGGAGUGAAAUGGUAGUAGAAUUAAUGUGGCCUGUACUUGCAGAUAGUUCUUCCUGCAGCAGUAGGGAGGAGAGAGAGAGAUGAUCCAUUGCUUGGUUUCUAAAGUGUAAGCUUACAACAUGUAGGCAUUUGCAUUUCCUCAGGAUGAGAAGGUCAUGAUUAUGAGCUGUUGAUUAUGUUCCAAAAUAUCACUCUGUCAGUGUUAUUAAUUUCUGUUAACUUGUAGGGCUUAGACUGAGGCUCAGUGUCCUAUGUGUGUCUCCUGAACCAGAGUGUUUGACCAGCUCUGUAGUAUUGGCCUGCAGUAAAUGAGGUGAAAUAUAUUUGCCUAAACCUUGUUGGCACACCUAUGUGAAGAAAACAUUUUGGUUGGAUACAGACUAUCACAUAAAGUUGUUUGCAGGACGGAUUUCUGGAAGUGGUUUGUCCAACCUCCCAAGCACCUAAGCAGAGAUGUACUGUUGCCAGCCCUAGAUCAGGUUAGCUGUGGGUUUGGCUAGCCAGGCUGUAAAAAUCUGCAAAUGCAGAUACCACCACCAUUCUGGGCAGGCUGUUCCUGUGCUGCACUCCCCUUCUAGAUAAAGAUUUCUUUCCAUGUCCAACCUCAGUUUCCCAAGUGGCUACAAAUUUGUAGCUGUUUCCCCUCGUUUUAUCAUCUCCUGCUACUGAGAAGUGUUUGGCUGUGAUCUUGGUAACUUCCCUUUCAGUGUAUGUAGGCCAUUAGAUCCCCCUUGGCCUUCCUUUCACUGAUAUAAUAAACAUUGUGAGGUAUCCCUUGCAAAUGCGAGUUCCACAUCCCAGAGUUAGCUGUGUGCAUGCAUGUGCAGUAAUUGCUUUCAUAUCUAAGAUUCACGUGGCACUCUCUGUAUGAUAAGAAUGUCCAUGCCUGUAGAGAGCCUGGUAGGAGGAUGUGAGUUCAGGGACCUGCCUUGACACCUAUUUUCUUCUCUCUGCAGGACUAGGCCAUUGAUAUUUUGGGCACUUUUUUUUUCCCCCACUGAUUUUAAUGACCAAAAUCUCUCUUGUGUUAUUUUGGCCAAGUUAUAUAAAGUGAAUCCCUUUUUUAAAGCUCUGUAAUUUUUAUGUGUCAUGUAAAGGAACCUUAAUUUGAAACAGUGUUGUUUUUUAAGUAAGAUUCAGUGUUGGAAAUGGUUAACAAAGUUUUACUGUGGCAUAGUUUUAUGGUCAAUGUCUAAAUUACUAAAAAAGCACUACCAAAUGGGGAUGUAGUUAUAGCUCAGUUGGAACUGGUUUUGGAAAUCCUAUGAUGAUCAACUCCAAGUAUGAAUAUUUACAUAAUAUCAUGUAGAAUUCAUGUUAAAGCAAGAGAACUUGGAAAAGAAUUACUUAAAUUUAGGAAUUAAAGCAUGUAUUUAUACAUGGAAAUAAUUAAUAUAUAAAGUUUUCUGUUGUUUUGCUUUGAAAGGUUACCUUGCUUUCUACCAAAAAUAUAAAAUGGUAAACAUCAGCUUUAUGCUCUGACAUGGUUGCACUAUUGUACUUUGAACAUUAUUAUGGGUUUGUUUAGACAUAAGGACUAUUCAUUUAAUUGCACAAAGUUAUUUUAGUUAGCAGAUGUGUUCCCUAAAUGCAUAUAUUUAUUUGAAAAGGAAAGGCCUUUUGUGUUUUUCCUCAUGAUCUGUAGAUAAAUUAUUGUUAUUCAGUUGACACAAAAGUAUUAUUUUAUCCUGUAUUGUGUUUGACCCUUUUUAAUUGUGGUGUAGUACACAUUUCUGAGGCAAUAACUUCUGUGGGAUGCUCUGAAAAUAUUUUGUUUGUGUAAGUUCUUGUAACCACUUUGUGCCUGUUGAGCAUACAUUAGGAGCUUAAUCAGACAAGCUGCAGCUUCUUUUAGUUGUUCUUAGAAGUACAGUUAUGGCCUAAAGUGAUUUAAGUAUAUUUUUCUGUGUAGCUACUUUUGUUUGGACUAAGAAGUCCUCUUAUUUUAGGAGAAAUAAAUUACAGUUUUAAAUAUGUGUAGCCUGUUAAAUGUAUCCCAAGGAAAGUAUCUACAGGCCUCUCCUGCAAGAAGCAUCAUCAUACACAUGUGCACCCAUGCAGAUCCCCAAUUAAGCUAAUAGGUUCUGUGCUAGUGCAGGCAAUAUAUAGAUUCUUUAAAGAGGUUUCCAUUUUUCCCUAAUCCACUGCUGUAUAACAAUGCUAGGUAACUUUUUAGGGAAAAAGAUGUCAGUGAAAGAUCUCUAAUUCAUAAAGCAAAGGGAGGUAUUUAUUCAUAUAGACAAGGCACUUUAUUAUAUUACAGAGAAACCCACUUCCAAGGCGUUUCUGGCUGUAUUGUAUAAUUUAAAAAAUGGACUAACAUCGCAUGUGCAAUUCGAAUGCCCUUUACCACUCUGUGUGCCAGAUUUGAUACAGCAUGUAGUGCUAUCCCUCUGACCCUGUCCAGGCUACUUAUGGAUUGGAGAAGCUUUUACAGCACCAGUUAUUUCCGUAUUUCUCUCCCACUCUACUACUAUCACACCUAAUCCUUUCUUAUUAGUAUCUUUAGGACUGGUGAUAUUAAUAUUAAUAAUUAUUCCUUUUUUUUUCACCUAUCUUGUUUUUUGAGAAAACCCUUCUUAUGGUAAAAGAAAAUUUGACUCAGAUCUGUGGAAUGUAUGUUCAAAUGUGCUACUCAGUUUGUAAAAAGUCAUUUUUGUACAAUUUCUGCUUUUUGAGCUAUGGCUGUAGAUAGCUGGGUUUAUAGGAAAUUAGUCAUUAGGUGGCUGAGUAACAAACCCAAGCUGUGAAGGUUUCCCACUGAAUAUAAAGUGAACUGUUUAAAAUAGAACUGUAUUUUCACACUAGUAUGAGGAAGAAAUUCAGUGCCAAUUGCAUGUGCCAAUUUUAUUAAAAGUCCGGUAUAUUAUAUAAAUAAGGCUCUAAAUUGUGAAAAUUUUUGGAAAUUUAAUUUAUACUGUUUACAAGUAAAACUGAGGUGUUCAUGCAGUUGUUCCUCCUCAAAACUACAGAUCACUGCAUUCACUGUGAUUUUGUACAUAUAUAUGCUCAAAAAGAACUACACAUUUCCUGUAUUACAAAUUGCUGUAUAAUAAAAUAUGC